AUGUUUGCUACCCUCGAAAAAUCGAGGGUAGAGAUUCCGUACGAAAAUCGCAAGAAUUUGGCUCCUGGUUUGAGAGGAUAUUAUGUACAUAGACUUCUUGUAAAUGCUGUAGCAAUGUGGGCUUCACCUCGUUAUGCUUGUUAUAUUUUCAUGAUGUUAGAUGAAAUUCAUAGACAAGAACGUGAAGAGAUGGAAAACAAGCUUGAAGCAAAAGACAAAAGCAUUCAGAAAAGAAUACCACGUUCGGUACCAAAAGGAAAGGAAAAGAACUAUAAGUAUAUGAUUUAUACUGAAGAGAUGGAAAAUGAAGAAGAUAAAGAUAUGGUUAUGUUGCAUUUAGUCAGAAGAAACAACAAAAGCUUUUACGACCUUGCUAAGAUUUACAAAUCUGACAGAAAUUGGUUCUAUCGCGAAAACUUACCGAUUUCAAUGACACCGAAUGAAGAUGUGAAACAAAUAGUUCAAGAUACGUUACCUCAAACACACUAUGAUAUGAAAGGUUGUACAAUACUUACCUUCAAAGAAGAUUUGCCAUUGUUAAAGGAAAAAAUAACAGAGUAUUUUGACAACUUCAAACAAGCAGAGUAA